CUUCUGGGACGUGUGUUAUCUGAAACGUUUAGGGACGAAAGUGUAUAAACAUCAACAAGUCUAGAAGAGGGCAAGCCAAGAACGGCGACAGGGUCGAGAUCGAGAGAGACGAGAUGGUUUCGGACGUAGAACUCGUGGAGCGGCUUCGGGAAUUCGUCCGAUGCUCCGACCUCUCCACGACUACAACUUCUUCUGUCCGCCGCCGGCUCGAGGAGGAUUUCGGCAUCGACCUUUCGCAGAAGAAGGGCUUCAUUAGGGAUCAGGUCGACCUCUUCCUGACUGAGCUUAACGAGAAUAGGGAGGCGGAGGAGGAGGAGAAGGCCCACGACGGUCUCGAAGUAGCAAAGGACGAGGAAGAGAAGGCCCACGACAGUUCCGAAGCAGAAAAGGAGUUGAAUGAGGAAGACGAAGAAGGAGGAAGUGCCGAGUCGGAUAAUGGUGAUGAAGAGGAGGAGGAAGGAGAUAAGGAGGACGAGGAUGAGGACGGUGAGGAGAAUGAUGAUGGAAAAAGCAGCAGGAAAAGAAAGACUAAGGAAAUCAGUAAGGAAGUCAAGAAACGAGGUGGUGGUUUUACCAAACUCUGCAGUCUUUCCCCUCUACUACAGGAUUUUGUUGGGGAAACUGAGUUAGCUAGAACUGAGGUUGUUAAGAGGCUAUGGACUUAUAUUCGUGAAAAGGACUUGCAAGAUCCAAAAAAUAGAAGAAAGAUCAUAUGUGACGAGAGAUUGCACACUCUUUUUAAUGUCAAUAGCAUUGACAUGUUUCAAAUGAACAAAGCUUUGUCAAAACAUAUUUGGCCUUUGAACUCUGAAGAGAGCCCAGUUGCUCCAGUAAAACCAAAAGAAAGUAACAAGAAGCCCAAGAAAGAAAGUGAUGGUCAGCGUCAAAAAGGACAAUCAGGCUUUCUUAUGCCCCUUCGCCUAUCUAAUGAACUCAUACAAUUUUUUGGAACUGGUGAGGAUGCACUGUCAAGGGCUGACGUUGUCAAAAGGAUGUGGGCUUACAUAAAAGGAAACAAUUUGCAGGAUCCUGCUGAUAAGAGGAACGUUAUCUGUGAUGAGAAACUUAAAGAGCUUUUGAAGGUUGAUUCCUUCCACGGGUUCACAGUAUCAAAGUUACUGACACCUCAUUUCAUCAAGUCAAAAGAUUUGGUGCCUUGCCCCAGCUCAAACCAUGAAAUUGGUGUUUUAACCUUCUACACAGACAGGGAUCGACCAGAACCAUUUGUCAUUGUAGAGGCAUUUGGAGGUAGUCCACGCGUGGCGAAUCCUCAAAGGAAUAGGCUAAUUGCUUCACAUGGAACUACCAUCUGGGUGAUAAGGUGAAGAAAACAACUUAAAACUUUCAUAUCAUGCUUCCAGUUUUAAAUCUUCACAGCUACUAUCAAGACUCAACGGCUAUUCUAAUUAUAGAGAAACAUUCUCUUCCACCAAAUUACCUUAUGAUACAAGCUUCUCUUAUUGAUGUAGAUUCUGUGUUGUUUUUGUGCUGGUUGGCUUUCCAUUGUCUCACACAUCUUCAUAACUAUGAACUAGAACACUGAAAGUAUUCUAAUUUGGGUCAGAAAUGGUAGUAGAUACAAAUAUUUUUGUUA